AUGUGGAACUUGAUCUGCAGUGGCAGCUAUCCGACGGAUGUAUUGAUCCGAUAUGGCGGCAAGCUGGUUGCUCCUGGUGACCCUUAUGCUGUGUUUCAAUCGGAGAACGCACACGACGACUUUCUGGCCGUUUUUGGCAGCAAGUCGAUCAUGUUUUGUAAGAGCCUCAGGAUCAAGUCAAUACAGAAAUUCGAAUGCAUCGAUGGCCGUGGAGCCACGAGGAUCAUUGAAAUCGGACACAGUCAUCUGGUGUGUGUCGAGUAUGCAUUCCGAUUGGUGGACGAGCUCGUCGCACAUUGUACAGAUGAAAAAGCUGAUCCCAACAAAUUUUCGGCCCUGUACUAUACCAACAUAGAGACCGUCUUGAAUAAGCUCAAAACCAGCUGUGGUCUGGCGCUCAGUUCGAAUGUUCUGGUGGUAAUUGCUUCGGCUCUGGUUCUGAUAUUUGUGAUUUUACAUUGGCGCUAG